CGAGAUGGGCUCGAUGGGGUUCCUGGCACACCUACACCUAGGUAGGAAGCUAUCUUCCAAGAUGCCUGUGAGUGGACUGACCAAGGGAUCGUGCUAUCGAGGUCCAUGUGCGCGUCCACCGCUCGAGCACUCUCGUCCAGCAGUUCGCCCGUGGAUAUUUUACCCGCCCUCGCAGAGGCCCUCCCGAGUCUAUCAUCAAGCAACAACCGAGCCGUUAUUGAAGUAACCAUUACGUCCGACUGCCGAUCCACCGCCUGGUCCGUUUUUAAUGGUCCUUGAGUCCUGAGUUGACGGGCCAUCACCAGACAAGAUUUCCUCUGCCAGCUGCUACGGAGUACAACAAUCCAACCUCCCAAAUUCCCCACCACCACCACCCUCACCACAAUCUUAUGAUCGCCCUCUUGGACCGAAUACCUUGUACCACCUGUCAAUCCUCUUCCGCUCCUGCUGCGUCCUAUGAGCUCCCGGACUUGACCUUGUCACUUCAAAUAUAUCGCUCGCGGAGCAUCACCAAGUUCCAGACACGAAGCACAGUCCGAGAAACCGAACCUGCCCUCCGCAAUCUAACUGUUCGAAUCCUCCUUCGGGACGCCGAGUCACAUGCUGAGCUUAAUACCGUUCUCGGUCAUGUCCCGGACGCCGACAGCAUCUCGCUGAAAGAAGAGGAGGCAGGCACAUUGAAUUGCGGGUUGGCACGUCGGGGAGUGCUCAGUUUCCUGGAACAUGUGUACCUCGAGAGAACCCAUGAGUUUCUCCUGAGACUUUGACAGACUUCGAAACACAUCUGCGUCGUGCAGUGUUUGCUGGGUGCUGGGAGCGAUUGGCCGCAUCUCGUCUGUUUCCACCCGUUCUUCAACAUGGCAGACAAACGCAGAAGGAAAAGCCUGAGCAUUUUCCGCCAGAAGGUGGACCACGCUCCAGCGAUACAAAUACCUGCGAGUCCGCUGCUGGAGAAGCGUUCCAGUGACUACCUGCCCAGUCCCGUGGACUCGGAUCCCGCGAGUCCCAAACCUCGCCCAAGGACCUUGCAGAAGGCCAGUCGAACCUCAGUGUUUGGAUCCCUACGCUCGUUACACUCCCUCGACGAAGAAGAAAAGCUUGCUCUGACGAGGUCCGACUCGAAAGCGUCGUCACUUCAUGAAGAACCCGACAUGAACGUGAAGGGACUCUUGGGCAACAAAGUUCUCCAAUAUGGCGAGGUGCAAGCCGGGGGAAGCAACAUGUUUAGGAAAAGGACGCAGUUCAUGGUCCUGACCGAGUCACAUCUCAUUCGAUUCAGGAGCCAAAUCAAAGCCGCCGAAAUGUUCCCUAGCAUCCCCAACAGCCUCAACAAGGGACACACCCCGAGAACUUCGUCUGUGGGUUCGUAUCAAGAGCUUCAAAUGUCGGCGUAUUCGGACAUCACCUCAGGCGUUCCACUCGACCAGGUCGUUGCGGUGUUCAAGGUUGACGAUGGACGACCUUCUCCCGUAGUGGAAGUGGCAUACCUAGACGAACGUGCAAGGAGAACGUCUGCCAUACAGCUACAAUUGAACGAAAUGCGUGAGGCCGAGCUGUGGAUUGCCGCCAUUCGUUCAGCUUGCGAUCAGGCGAGGUCUCUCAUAGAGCAGCACAUCCAAGAUCGAACGGUCGAGCAUCUCGCGCGUGUUGUGGAGCGGGAAAGAGACUAUGACCCGGAGCACUUCCACGUCUUCAAAGUCAUCCAACGGCACAUCAACAGGUCAACGGGGAGAGCAUCAGCUGAAGAUCUGACCAGACUUGGGUCUUCAACGACCUGCUAUCUCGUCAUCGGCUUGCACAAAAUCCACCUCGUACCCUUACAGAAGUCUUCUACACGAUCAUCAAGCAGCUCUCUCAGCGAGCUGGAUGCCAUGACUUCCUAUGCUAUUGUUACUUUGACUUCGAUCAAGGUCGUGGCAGAUGACGACGGGUUUCAACUGACCUUCAAACCGCCCAUGGCACAACCAUGCAUCGUCCAGCUAGCUUCAUAUUCCGCCGGGCAAAUUGCACUAUGGCUCAGAUCGGCUUCGGAAUACCUUCGACCCGAAUGGCUGAGGCAGCCUUUCAUCUUCGACGUUCCUCCAGAAAUCGACGAUCAGAUGAUCCCGCCGAACUUUCCAAAAGAGGAACACGAUUGCUUUGAUCGAACCUUGAUCGCGUAUUGUGCAGGCUAUGAUGUGGACACGUCUCGCAUAUGCUAUACUGUCGAUUAUGACUGCGAAGAUGCACCACGCUUUCAACUGCUUCCACCUUCAACUGGUGUCAACUAUUCCGCCAUGGAAUUACUCGCUGUAUUCCGAGCCUUGCGGUACAACGAGUCGUUCUCGUCAAUCUCUUUCGCACGAAUCAAUCUAUUGCCGCUGCGUCUCUGCUACGACGGGUUUGGAUCGGACUUGGAUAGCCUGUUCACGCGGUCUGGAAAUCCUACCAACAUCGCUGGCCACCAAGAGCUGCCGGUUUUAGCGCAGGAGAUCAGAGUGUUAGCGUUGAAGAGCCGUCGGUUGAGACGGCUAGAUUUCUCGCAUACCAUUCCACACCAAACACUAACGGGAGACGGGGAGGCCUUGAGUUGUGGAAUCUUGGAAGCCCUUACUCCGCUGUGCAAAAGAUCCUUGACUAACGUGGACUGGAUUGUGCUCACAGGACUCCGACUGGCAGAUUCCGACCUGAACUACCUCGUUGAUGCAGCCUCGGAAAGAAAAUGCCAUCUUCGGGCCCUUGAAAUUGGCGAGUGCGGCCUCUCAGUCCACGACAUUGACGUGCUUUUGUCCACCUUGGCGGUUCAGGAAAGCACUGUCGAGGUCAUCGACAUAUCGGGAGCGCAAGGUCGGUUCAGUCCGGAGCUGUUUCAGCGUGGAAUGGGUGCUUUUACCCGGAUCCGGCGCUUGAAUCUCACUCGAGUGCAAAAGACCGCUGGUUCAGAGCCUCUACUUCCGCCCGAGGUGCUUUUGGCUUGGAGACUCGAAGCGUUAUAUCUGUCGCAAACCACUCUCAAUGAGCAGACGGUAGACUCGAUAUCUACGUAUCUGGCGACAUCAAAAUCCGACAUCCUCCGGGAGCUGCACGUCAAUCAAUGUGGUUUGACGGGGUACGAUCUUGCGACCUUCUUCCGGUCAAUGACUCGGGAGGACAUGCAGCCCAGAAUCAUGCACGUAAGUGCAAACGAAAACCGGCUAAAGACGGGCAACACGAUCCUCUUCAGGACGAUUGCCCAAAACUGCGGACCGUCGUCGCUAAGCUUGCGGAUGAUGGAUUUCGAGAAAGAAAACCACUUCCGUGAACUGAUCAACGCCCUGAAAGUCAAUACGACGUUGCGAAGUUUGGAUAUAUCUCGUGCUUCACUGCCGUAUGAUGCCAGUGUUGAGACCUGUGAGGCGCUCAAGGAGAUGUUUGCCACGAACCAGACCUUGGAGGAGCUUGACAUCAGCGGCGAACAUGCGCAUCUAGACACCACCCGCUUCGGCAUUGGGCUCAAUAUUGCGUUGAGAGGACUGGAAAAGAACACUUCGUUGAAGCUCCUGCGCAUCGAGUACCAAGCGCUGGGUUUACAAGGUGCAAGUACGUUGGCCGAGGUGCUGGAGAGGAACGAGACGUUGGUGGAAAUCCACUGCGAACACAACGACAUCAACCUGCAAAGCUUCACGGCGCUUGUCAAUGCGCUUGAGAAGAACCACACGCUGCUGUACAUGUCGACCAUGGACCACGACAGAGCGAAAUCAAUGGACAAGGUGCGCCGCGAGAUCGAAAGCAUGGAACGCGCAGACACCCCCAAGACUCCCAAGAGUGGUGGCGGGGCGAUUAAGAAGGCUCUGACAGGAACAUUGACUGGGAAACCGCACGGGAAAGGCCACGGCCAUCGGCACAGCAGCUCGAUGUCUUCCACGGCGUCCUUUACCGACCAAGACGUGGUUGCGGUGAUGAGCACCCUGGACGAAAAGUGGGACGCGCAGGUGUCCAGGAUGCAAAAGUACCUGUUCCGCAACUACUGUCGCGCGCAGGGCGUGCCGUGGGAAGACGGCGCCGGUGACGAUGACAGCCGACGCACCACAGCCGCGGGAGGAGACUCGUCGAUGGCGCAGAUCUUGCAGCGCGUCAAACUCGAUCGCACGCCUACCGCAGCCCACCCGGAUGCCUUGGACUACAUCGACGAGAAGCUGGGAAGGGACAGCAGUGGCAGCGAGAUGAUAUUCCAGAUCCCUGAGGAUUGAUGGCCUCGCAGGCUGGUCGCCGCACACCUGGGAUUAUUGCACCGACACCAAAAACGCCCCAAUUUUGGCCGGGGAAGAACUUGUGUGAGCAGAGGCUGUGGGAAAGAAAAGAAAAUUCCAGGAAUUGGAGACUUCAUCAUUGAUUUACAUUUUUUGUUUCUUGUGAUACCCACCGAUUUUGUUUUGGGUUGAGAGUAGGUACCUACAGCGUUUUGCUCAGGUGGGCGGACAUAAAGCAGUCAUGCACAUGAUAGCCAGGGCAGUGUAAAGCAAGACGAAGAAAGGAGAUUGGGCACAAAAGGAGUACUCGGUACAGUGAUAGGUAGCGGUUGCAUAUUGGGUAUUUGAACAUUAUGCAGAAAUGGGUCGGGGUCGAGGGAAAGUGGCACCUCUAGAAGCAAUCUUUUGUACACCGAGGCCGGCAGCAAAGGGGCCAGCCUCAGCCCAGUGAGCCUCAGCCUCAGGGGCAACGCGAACUGCCACUUGAAAUCCACAUAAUCAUGCAGGGCAAACAUACGUGUGCCGAGGACUGUGAGAGCUGACCUGCCAACAGAAGAACGGGCGUGGGAUGACAGCCUGAUGCUUUUUCUGUAUGGAGCACAUGGCGAGGCCUGAGUAAGUCAGCUCUCAAGGUAGCAUGCGGUCCCGACGAUGCAUAACCGAGUCUGUCGGCCCUCUUCAGAGAUGACUGUACAAAGUGCAUACGGUGAGCCUUACGGCCGCGGCGUAUUCGGUUGCGAGACAUUUUCUGGGAAAUGAUCAAAUCUCGUCGCCGGGCCCGAACAAGAAACGGGUAAGGACCCUGAUUGAUCUUCCAUCUCAGGCACCGACGAAUCGAAAGAAAUACUGUUUUGAGUAUGAGUGGAGGUUAAUCAUCCGAGAGUCAGCACUUAAGGCCCUCUUUGUCGGGCGUGAUGGAGAACUUGGUGCGCCGCGGGGUGGCGGAAGCAAGGGCAGCCCUCAGCCUGCGUUUUCGCCAAAGCACGGAUGGAUUUGUAUCCCUCUACUCAAUAAUACACACUUUUUUUUCACCAUAAGCUC